UCAAACAGAGAGAGGCUUACAGUUGAAAAAGCAAGAAAGGGUAAAGAUACAAGCAGCAGUAUGAAGGGCAGCAAUGGUGGCGGCAGCUUGCUAUCUGUGACUCUCAUAUGGCUAGCUAUUCUCUUUGGAUGCCUAGCAUUGUCUGCACAAUGCCGUUCUCAUGAGCUGCUCAAGAAUGUCGGGCGCACAAGAGGCGUCUACCUAACUGGCAGCGCGAGCAACAGAAGCGCUUACCACACCCAGAUCGAGUGCCCACCUGCUGCAGACGAUGAUGGUGAGAGCAAGCUGAAACUGAUCUUCUGCACUGUAAAAUGCUUCUGCAAUGGCGUCCAUGGCGACGCCAUCUGCUACUGCUGCCAGAAGCCUCCUGGGCCAGUAUGUUACGAGCAGCUAGCCGACUGCCAGGCCAACUGCCCCACCUGCAACCCGGAUUGCCCACCCGGAGCUGCGGCGGAAGGCCAGCGCCUGCUUGCAACGACGAACGCCACCUCAUACUUGUAAGGGGUUCCAUCCAUGAUCUUGAAACUGUUAGGAUCAGAUCAAGCAGAAUAAUACGCUAUGCUGAUGUAAAAAAUAUAUAUGAUUAAGUAUGCCAUCGUUACAUCGUUGCAGCCAUUGUAGUCAUUGUUAAGUUUAGGCUGUCGUACUGUUUG